AUGUCUUGCCGCUCCUACCGAGUCAGCUCUGGUCAUCGGGUGGGCAGUUUCAGUUCUUGCUCAGCAAUGGCCCCUCCGAAUCUGAACCGCUUCCGGACUAGCUCUGUCUCCUGCAGGAGCGGGUCCGGCUUCCGUAGUUUCGGUGGCUUUGGUAGUCGGAGUGCCAUCCACUUUGGAUCGUCCUCACCUCGGAUCACAGUUGGGUGCUCUCGUCCUAUCCGCUGUGGAGUUGCCUUUGGAGUCGGCUCCGGUGAUGGGAGUGGAGUUGGUCUGGGCUUCAGGGCCAGCAGUGGUGUUGGCCUGGGGUUUGGAGCUAGCAGUGGCCUUGGCUAUGGUUUCGGAGGCCCUGGCUUUGGCUACAGAAUUGGAGGAAUUGGAGGCCCAUCGGCCCCCUCUAUCACGGCUGUGACUGUUAACCAGAGCCUGCUGACUCCCCUCAAUCUGGAGAUCGACCCCAACGCCCAGAGGGUGAAGAGAGAUGAGAAGGAACAGAUCAAAACCCUCAACAACAAGUUUGCCUCCUUCAUUGACAAGGUGAGGUUCCUGGAGCAACAGAAUAAACUCCUAGAGACAAAAUGGAGCUUCCUCCAAGACCAGAAAUGUGCCCAGAGCAACCUGGAACCUCUCUUCGAUAACUAUAUCACCAGCCUGAGGAGGCAGCUGGAUGUACUAGUCAGUGACCAGGCUCGGCUGCAGGCUGAGAGGAACCACAUGCAGGACAUCCUUGAGGGUUUCAAGAAGAAGUAUGAAGAGGAGGUGGGAUGCCGAGCCAACGCUGAGAACGAGUUUGUAGCUCUGAAGAAGGAUGUAGACACAGCUUUCCUGAAUAAAUCGAACCUGGAAGCCAAUGCGGAUGCCCUGGCCCAGGAAGUUGAAUUCCUGAAGGCUCUGUACCUGGAGGAAAUCCGGCUGUUGCAGUCACACAUCUCAGAGACAUCUGUCAUUGUGAAGAUGGACAACAGUCGGGACCUGAAUCUGGACGGGAUCAUAGCUGAAGUCAAGGCCCAGUAUGAGGAGGUGGCAAGGCGCAGCCGUGCUGAUGUUGAGGCCUGGUACCAGACCAAGUAUGAGGAGAUGCGGGUGACAGCUGGCCAACACUGUGACAAUCUACGAAACACACGGGAUGAGAUCAAUGAGCUGACCCGGCUGAUCCAGAGGCUGAAAGCAGAGAUUGAACAUUCCAAGGCUCAGUGUACCAAGCUGGAGGCCGCCGUGGCCGAGGCAGAGCAGCAGGGCGAAGCAGCCCUCAAUGACGCCAAAUGCAAGCUGGCAGAUCUGGAGGGCGCCCUGCAGCAGGCCAAGCAGGACAUGGCGCGGCAGCUACGCGAGUACCAGGAGCUCAUGAACGCCAAGCUGGGCCUGGACAUCGAGAUCGCCACCUACAGGCAGCUGCUGGAGGGCGAGGAGAUCCGAAUCUGUGAAGGUGUUGGACCAGUAAACAUAUCUGUGAGCAGCUCUCGAGGAGGUGUGCUGUGUGGCCCCGAGUCCUUGGUCUCUGGAUCCAGCUUCUCCCGCAACAGUGGGGUCACCUUCUCCAGCAGCAGUAGUGUCCAUACCACUGGAGGGGUUCUGACUUCCUCAAGCCUGAGGGCUGGUGGAGACCUGCUGAUCUCUGGGACCAGAGGAGGCUCAGUGCUGGUGGGCGAUGCCUGUGCCCCCAGCAUCCCCUGCCCACUACCCACUGAGGGUGGCUUCAGCAGCUGCAGUGGUGGCCGUGGCAACCGCAGCUCUAGUGUCCACUUCUCAUCCACCACUAGCUCUCGCAGGACCAGGUACUAA